AUGGCGCUUCUCUACAACCCCGAUCAAACCAUUUGGGAUAUCCACGAGAGAACAAGAUGUCAUCUUCAGCUACAUUGGGUCCCAUGGAAGAAAUUGAAGGGCGAAAAGUCAUCUUCGGCGAGACCCAUUUUAUUCCUCUCGGGAGACGACAGGGGCAUGGCAAACGCUAUCGCCGAGACUCCUAGUCCUGAAUCGAUGCUCAUGGUGUGGUCGAGUCUAUACAAAGCCCAGCGGCCUUCGAGGAUAAAUACCUACACGCUGGAGACCCCGUUUGAGAAGAUUCCCAAGCCAAUCAUAUGGACUCCUCAGACAUUCGAGGCUUACGUUGCGGCCAUUGCAAAAGCAAAACUAUCUCCGCGUCUUGCGCAGCGCUUUUACGGCUCGGGCGUCGGAGCGAUGACCGCGGCGUUUGAUCUCCUCUGCAACACGUUCAAAGAUGUUACCGCACGCCAUGCGUUAUCGAUACGAGCCUUCAAAGUGGCUCUCCAGGCAGUAGAGGUUCACGGCCACUCGUAUCGUCACCAUGCCCGCGAUCUGUUCAGCAGCAUGUGCAACCUGGGGGUGCCUCUGGACACUGAAGUCUUCAACAUACUCUUGAAGGGGACCAUCGUCGUCAAGGAUUUAGGAAACUUUGACAGGGUGAUUUCCCUGAUGGUCGGGAAUGGCUGCGCACCGAACGUUGACACCUGGUGCCUGGUCCUUUCCAUGAUGCAGGACUGGCAAGUUCGCCGCCACAUCAUCAAGACUAUGGAUAUGUGCGGGAUGCUCGUCGAACCUGGCGGUCCUCAACGGAUCGCCAAAGAGCUUGCCGUCUGGGAUGUCCGCCAGCACCAACCUAACUGGUCAGGAAUUAAAGACUUUUUGCAGGCUCAGGAGGGUCGAUAUGGCAAGAAAUGGGCCACGCUGUCGGCUGUGAACAAGAUCCUCACGGAAAUCGGACGGAUGGGCCAUCUCGACGACGCUCUUGAAUUUCUCGACAUUAUGCGCAAUACCUGCGAUAUUCGGCCGAGCACAUUAUCCAUCAAUAUCCUCGUAUACCACGCACGACUCCAGCGCAAACCCGAGGCAGCCAUUCCCGCACUUCGCAGGGCCCACGAGUGGCAGAUCCCUCUGGACGAAACGAUAUACCAUGAGCUCUUCAAGCUGAUGACGGUGCUCCGCAAACCCAAUAUGAUGGGUAUCGUCUGGCGAUACGCCGCCCUCAACGGCACAACAUCCUGGGACAUGCGACGGGACGUCUCUGAGCUGAUGAUGCGGACCGGCGCUUUCCAGUCAGGCGACGAGGUGGCUAAGACCACGCUGGACCGCCCAGCCGUGACGGUGACCUUUCACGAAGAAAGCAUGGUCAGGUACUUGGAGGCCACAUUGAAUCCGCUCAAACGGGCCGCAAAAAUCAGCAACCUGCUCUAUGGUUGGAAUGAAGGAUGGGGGCCCGCUUUGCCACUCUAUGAAAUUCUUGAGAAGGCAUGGGUGGCCGACAACAAGAUCUACCACGAGAUCAAAGAGGCCGACCGGCAAAAGAAGCAGUACCACCACCACCACCACCAGCAGCAGCAGACUAUGUCGGCAGAUUCUGGAGCCGGGCCAGCAACACUUCCAGAUGCUGCCGCGUUCCCAGGCUCUCCCAAUCCGGUAGAUAUUGGUACACCGGCAGAGCCCACAGCGUCGACUACAGCCCCGCGGCCCACGAUUCACAGAGUCACCAAGCGCGGCAUCUCCAUCGUCCUCGAAAGGAAGCGUACAGAGAAAUGCGGUGCGGCUGAGCGCAGAACGCUUGAGAUGACCGUUACGCACAUUUCCACUCAGAAGCCAGUCUUCAUUCGCCCAGACAAGGCAGUAUAA